AGCAGCGGCAUUUCAAAGAGAGAGAGAGAGAGAGAGAGGAAGAGAGGAGAGCGAAAGAAAAGAAAACAGUGGCGGCCGUUUGACGCCGUUCAGACACUGUGGUAUAAGAUACUAUUAUCGUUAUCGUGUUGGAUUUUCUUCUAACUUUUGUUUUGGUCUCUCUGUUACGUUGGAAAUUUAAAUUCUAGAAAGAAAGACGCGUCUUUGAUACAUUGAUUUGGGGUUCGUUUUGAAAAGGUUUUCUAAUUAAAGUUUUGAAUUUAUGAAUAGGUGAUGAUGUCCAAAGCUGAAGUUAGAAAAAAAAUUGGAGAGAAUUCAGGUAAUGCCAAGUUGUUAAGCGAAAUUGAAAGUAUAAGCAAAGCUCUAUACCUAGACAAAAAUCCUUCAAGGAAUUCAAUUUCUGCGCCUAGCAAUCGAUCAAAACCAACUGGAAAAUCUCAGUUGCUUGAUUCGAAGUCGAAGAUAAAGUAUGGUAAUGAAAGUUCAUCACAAAAAGACAAGAAGUCCAUUUGGAAUUGGAAGCCGUUAAAAGCCUUAUCAAAUGUUAGGAACCGGAAAUUUAAUUGUUGUUUCUCUCUUCAAGUCCACUCUAUUGAAGGGUUUCCCUUGAGUUUUGAAAAUCUCAGUGUCUGUGUGCACUGGAAGAGGCGGGAUGGAGAGCUGGUUACCCGCCCUGUGAAGGUUUUGGAAGGUGUUGCUGAGUUUGAGGAGAAGUUGACUCAUACAUGCUUGGUCUAUGGGAGUAGGAGUGGACCUCACCAUUCGGCUAAGUAUGAGGCGAAGCAUUUCUUGCUUUAUGCAUCUGCAAUUGGUGUCCAGGAGCUUGAUUUGGGGAAGCAUAGGGUUGACCUCACAAGAUUGCUUCCUCUCACACUGGAGGAGUUGGAGGAGGAGAAGAGCUCAGGAAAGUGGACUACUAGUUUUAAGUUGUCAGGAGGAGCAAAGGGUGCUACCAUGAAUGUUAGUUUUGGGUAUACAGUGGUUGGGGACAGUUCAGUUCCACUUGGAAACAACCAGAAUGUUCCAGAGCUGUUUAAUUUGAAGCAGACUGCUGUGAAAACAGCGAAACCAAUUCCUAGAUUUGGUCAAGGUGAUGGGAAGAGCCCACUUCGUCGCUCUGGAAGUCUUCCUGGUGCUUUGAACCAGCAGCGUUAUGUCUCAACUAGACCUGUAGAAGAUGUGAAAGAUCUUCACGAGGUGUUGGCAACAUCAAAAUCAGAACUUAUCAGUCCAGUACUUAUGCUGUAUCAGAAUUUUGAUGAAGAAAAGUUGGAUUCUUCAUAUGCCACUAAACCUGAACUUGAUAUGUUCACUGAACACCUUGAACCCAUUAAGUCAGAUUUCUGCCCAGAGUCUAAAUCCAACGAAGAGAAGGUCGAAAAUGGGUGUGAAGAUGCUGCAUUUUCUGUGAUUGAACAGGGGAUGGAACAGGAACAGGAGAAACCAGUGGAACUUACUGUUAAGGAUGAUGACGUUUCUUCAGCAGAAGAUAAAACUGGUAGUAGUUUUCUGAUAGGUUCCGAAGAGGACGAUAAGCUUCAUGUUGAUGAUGUCGGGAUGCAUAGUCAUAGAGAUGAGCUUGUUGUGCAUGAUUGCACUAGUAAGGAGGAUGAAAUGUGCUCAAAAGAGUCUGUGAUGAAAGCACUGGAAGCUGCACUGAUUAGUGUGACAAAUUUGGAAACUGAAGCAUUUGAUUCUCCAGAAGAACAAGAAAAUUGCAUGGAAGUCAAAACAGGUUAUGAAACAAAUAGGAGUGAGACAUCAGUUAACUUGGAUGAUGUCACUGACUCUGUAGCAAAUGAAUUUUUGGACUUGCUGGGGAUUGAUCAUAGUCCAUUUGGUUUGAGUUCAGAGAGUGAACCUGAAUCCCCAAGGGAGCGCUUACUAAGACAGUUUGAGAAGGAUGCCCUAGCUGGUGGUUAUUCUCUGUUUGAUUUGGGGGUUGAUAGUGAGGACCAAAUGGGGUGUGACUACAGCACAUUGACUGUGCCUGAGUGGGGGAACUUGUCUGAUGACUUUGAACUGUCAUCAGUUAUCCAAGCUGCAGAGGAGGAGCAUCAGAUGGAAGCUCAGGCAGAGAUUGGCAAGAGAAGGGCUAAAAUGUUGGAAGAUCUAGAGACAGAAGCUUUAAUGCGUGAAUGGGGUUUGAAUGAUAAGGCUUUUCAAUAUUCACCGAAGAACUCUGGUUGCUUUGGGAGUCCAAUUGAAUUGCCUCAUGAAGAGCCACUUGAAUUGCCUUCUCUUGGAGAAGGAUUAGGUCCAUUUCUGCAAACAAAGAAUGGUGGAUUUUUGCGAUCUAUGAAUCCUUCACUUUUCAGGAAUGCAAAAAGUGGUGGGAAUUUGAUCAUGCAAGUUUCAAGUCCUGUCGUGGUACCUGCAGAAAUGGGUUCUGGAGUAACGGAUAUACUGCAACAGUUGGCUUCAGUUGGGAUUGAAAAACUCUCCAUGCAGGCAAAUAAGUUAAUGCCUUUGGAAGAUAUCACUGGAAAAACAAUGCAACAAGUAGCAUGGGAAUCUGUGGCUUCCUUGGAGGGACCUGAGAGGCAAAGUUCGUUGGAGCAUGCAUUCGAGUUUGGGCAAGAUAUAUCUGGUAGGCAAAAGAAUGUGAAGGAGAGAUCAUCUGCACCAAGAUCUAAUGAGUUCAAGUCAAGCACAAACGAUAAUUACAUGGGCUCAGAAUAUGUAUCUCUAGAAAAUCUUGCUCCCCUGGCUAUGGAUAAGAUUGAAGCACUCUCAUUUGAGGGACUAAGAAUACAAUCUGGCAUGUCAGAUGAGGAUCCAACUUUGAGCAUCGGUGCACGCUCUACUGGGGAAACUUCAGCCUUUCAGGGAAAGGGCAUCAAUGUCAGUGGGUCCCUUGGUUUGGAGGGAGCUGCUGGAUUACAAUUAAUGGACAUAAAGGAAAGUGGUGAUGAUAUUGAUGGAUUAAUGGGUCUGUCACUGACUCUUGAUGAAUGGAUGCGAUUGGAUUCUGGUGACAUUGGUGCUGAAGAUCAGAUAAGCGAGCGGACUUCUAAGAUACUUGCUGCCCAUCAUGCCAGCUCCUUGGAGAUGAUUCGUGGGGGGUCCAGAGGAGAGAGAAGACAUGGUAGAGGUUCAGGUAGAAAGUGUGGUUUACUGGGGAAUAACUUUACUGUUGCAUUGAUGGUGCAACUUCGUGAUCCUUUGAGGGACUAUGAACCAGUAGGCACACCGAUGCUUGCUCUUAUUCAAGUAGAGAGAGUCUUUGUCCCACCAAAGCCAAAAAUAUACUGUAAGGUUUCGGAGCUAAGCAAUGAUAAAGAGGAUGACGAUGAGUCAGAGUUGGUGGUGAAGGAAAAGGUUAAGGAAGAGAAAAUUGGGGAUACAGCGUCUGAAGAGGAAAGAAUUCCUCAGUUCAGCAUCACGGAAGUACGUGUUGCUGGUCUCAAGACUGAGCCUGAGCCUGGAAAGAAGAAACUCUGGGGUACUGCAGCUCAGGAACAAUCUGGUUCUCGUUGGCUGCUUGCUAAUGGAAUGGGGAAGAACAAUAAGCAGCUUUUUACAAAGUCAAAAGCUGCUUCUAAUAGAACUGCAACCUCUUUGACAACAAAGCUGCAACGUGGUGAUAAAUUAUGGAGCAUCUCAUCUCGGGCAAAAUAGGAAUCAGAUUGCAUCGAAUCGACACACAGAAUCAAAGUACAAAAUUCCUUAAAUGAAACUAUUAGGUUGAGGUAAAUUGCACAUGCAUUUGAGCAUGUCUGAAAGGCGUUCCUUGUUGGAAAAUGGCUGCAAUCUCAUUGUGAUUCUUUGCAGAACCCGUGUAGAGUUAAACCAUUAAACUUGGCAUGAGCUUGAUGAUUGAAUGCACACGGCAUACAGGAUGGUCCUUGAGUCCCUUUUAGGUUUUGUGAGUUCUGCUUUAAGGAGUUAUCUUGUUUACUGCUAAUACAGCGUGGUGAUUUUGUUCAUGCAAAACACGGUAAAGUGAAUUGAUGGAUUUGCUCUACCUUGAUUCCUUUUUUUGUAAAUUUCAUGUUUGUAAUCAUGCCUGUGCACUGUAAUAUACAUGCUUCAUGUCUCGUUGAGAGAACGGUAAUAGUUGCUAGAUAUUUUCCUUACAGGAAUUAUACAGCGGUGGUCUUUGUUAAUCAAAAUAUCUGAAAUUUUGUCUUGUU